AAUGAUAAAUCACCAGCUGUGUUUAUUUAUUUUCAAAAACAAAAAUCCAAAUCUUUACACAAUGGUCACACUGGAAAGGAAUAGACAAUCGGAGUUUGACGACGAGCCAGAUCUGGACGUAGUGAGGAAAAAUCUAGCAUCAUUGGAACAAUGCAUUGCCACAGCUCCUGACAGCAGUCCUGGGUACAAAGGUGGUACUUAUUUAUCCAAUAAAAUAUUUCCACUAAAGGCUCAAAACACAAUUGAAGUACUGCCAAACGAUCCAUUCGACGAUGGCAACAAUCUACUACCGACAAUUUUCAAUUUUACAAACCUAUAUCUCUUUAUGUACAUAGAUGUGAAAAAUGUAGGUGUACAGGAAGGCAGGGGUAGGGUCGAUGUCAGACCGAUAAAUGGAGGGCUGAGCGUCGAUGUUCAGGAGUUCGAUCUGAUCAAACGCACCCAGACGACGGAAGCACACGGGCUCAGGAGGGUCAUUUACAGGGAGUACACCAUCCCGGGCGCGUUCGACUGGCACAAGUUGGUCUUUUCAGUCGGACCUGACAGCACAUUGACAAUAAGAGUACCGACAACAAAUCACUUCAGAAAUUAUUGAUUAAUAUAAAAAUACGUCUUAAUAAAAAUAAAACAAAUUAUAUAUUUUUCUCUUUUCAUGAAACGUAACGUUGAGAACCAAUCGCUAUUAUAAUUUGAGGAAGAACCUGAAACACAUAUAUUCUUUAGAAAUUUAAAAAUAUGUUGAGUCACAUCUACGUCCUUGCUCACUGACGAGGUAUUCUUGUGCACUCUCCAUCAUUGUCUAGAGAUCUUCAUUUAUCUUAAAGCUUUUUACCAGAUUCCAAAACUUGGCACUCGUAAGCCAGCCUGUUUUCAGGUCUUUUCUUUUCCUGUCUGUGUAGGCCUACGCACCAAGAGGAGAUAUUCCACUGUUUAUUCUUCCUAAAAAUAUCUGCACAGUCUUCGGUCCAGUUGUGUACCAUCCACAUCAAAAUGGCCAUAUUUUGUUUUCUCAGGAAUUGAUACAUUACCAUACCCUGUCUAUGGUAUAGUAUGGGAGAAAAGAAUACUAGGAAGUGGGGUUUGUACUCCCUAGGCACUGCAGCCUUCUGGCUU